AUGCCCGUGGGCGCCGCGGCCCCCAAGAACCCGGACCUGGAGUUCGACUCGUUGCAGCCUUGCUUCUACCCGGACGAGGACGACUUCUACGUGGGCGGCCCGGACGCCGCGCCCCCGGGGGAGGACAUCUGGAAGAAGUUCGAGCUGCUGCCCACACCGCCUCUCUCCCCGAGCCGGGCCGGGCCCGGCGUCGGGCCCGGCGGGCUGCCUAGCCCGGCGGCUGCCUGGCCCGGGGGCGGCGAGCCCCCCGACUGGGCAUCCGAGCUGCUGCUGCUGCCGCCGCCCGAGGCGGAGCCGUGGGGAACUGGGGGGCCGGCCCACGCGGCUUGGGGUGAGGGCAAUCUCAGCGCCUUCGUCCUGCGGGACUGCAUGUGGAGCGGCUUCUCGGCGCGGGAGAAGCUCGAGCGGGUGGUCACCGAGAAGCUGCAGGCGGGCCCGCGGGGGGCUCCGGCCGAAGGCCCGGCCAAGGCCAGCGCAGCCUCCGCCGCCUCCUCCGCGCCUCCCUCCAGGGCUGCCGUCGCGGCUGCAGUCGAGCUCCCCGCCCCCGGGGCCGCUGACCUGUGCAAUCCGGCCUCCGAGUGCGUGGACCCGGCUGUGGUCUUCCCCUUUCCGGUGAACAAGCGCGAGCCCCCAGCCGCUGCAGCUGGAUUCGCUGGCACAUCUGGGGCGCCCCCGGGAGGGGUCGGGCAGCAGCCCCGCGGCCCCGGGCGCCCCUUCCGCGAGGGAGACACCAGGGCCAACAGCUGCUCUGGGGACGACACCCUGAGCGACUCAGAUGAUGAAGAUGAGGAAGAGGAAGAGGAUGAGGAGGAGAUUGAUGUGGUGACGGUGGAGAAGCGCCGUGGGUCAUCCUCCAACAACCCCAAGGCGGUCACCACGUUCACCAUCACCGUUCGGCCCAAGAAUGCCGCCUUGGCCGCCACAGCCAUCAGAGCCCACCCGGGGGAGCUGAUCCUCAAGCGUUGUGCACCCAUCCACCAGCAGCACAACUAUGCUGCGCCCUCCCCCUAUGCUGAGAGCGAGGACCCACCCCCUCUGAAGAAGAUGAAGGCCGAGGCUCCACCCCGCCCCGCCAAGAGCGUCCCCCCACCACCCAAGGCCAAGAGCGUGAGCCCCCGGAACUCUGACUCCGAGGACAGCGAACGCCGCCGCAACCACAACAUCCUGGAGCGCCAGCGGCGGAACGACCUGAGGUCCAGUUUUAUCACCCUCAGGGACCAUGUGCCGGAGCUGGUGAAGAACGACAAGGCGGCCAAGGUGGUCAUCUUGAAAAAGGCCACCGAGUACGUGCACUCCCUGCAGGCCGAGGAGCACCAGCUCCAGCUGGAGAAGAAGAAGCUGAUAGCCCGGCAGGAACAGCUGCUCAAGAAGGUGGAGCACGUGCGGACUUGCUGA